UGGGCGUUUUAUUUUCAGGAAAUAGAAAUUAGGUGGGGAUAUGGCAAUGGGCAUUGGGUUAUCAUAUGCUAGCUGCCUGGGUAGCUAGGUAGCUAGCUGUCUUGCAAGAUAAGGUGAAGUCAGUUGUUGAAUUAUUUUUUAGAGUUUAUCCCUGAAGUUAUCCCUCUGACACCAAGAAUGGAUAUAAGUUAACAAUGACGGGAGAGAAAAAGAAGAAAAAGCGGCUGAACCGCAGCAUUCUUCUGGCUAAGAAAAUUAUAAUUAAAGAUGGUGGGAGUCCCCAGGGUAUGGGCGAGCCAAGUGUCUACCAUGCUGUUGUGGUCAUCUUCCUGGAGUUUUUCGCCUGGGGAUUGCUUACCACACCAGUGCUAACGGUGUUACAUGAAACGUUCCCUCAACACACAUUUCUGAUGAACGGGCUUAUUCAUGGUGUCAAGGGUCUGCUAUCGUUUUUAAGUGCUCCUCUGAUUGGAGCACUAUCAGACGUGUGGGGGAGGAAGUCCUUUCUGCUGCUAACAGUCUUCUUCACCUGCGCCCCCAUUCCUCUCAUGAAGAUCAGCCCCUGGUGGUACUUUGCGGUCAUUUCCAUGUCUGGUGUCUUUGCGGUCACCUUCUCCGUGAUCUUUGCAUAUGUGGCAGACAUCACAGCAGAACACGAGAGGAGCACAGCCUACGGCUUGGUGUCGGCCACAUUUGCCGCCAGCCUGGUGACGAGCCCGGCCAUCGGAGCGUACCUGUCUGUGAUGUACGGUGACACUUUGGUAGUCAUCCUGGCCACAGCCAUUGCUCUUCUGGACAUCUGCUUCAUCCUGGUGGCCGUCCCCGAGUCCCUGCCUGAGAAGAUGAGACCGGCCUCCUGGGGGGCUCCCAUCUCCUGGGAGCAGGCUGACCCCUUCGCUUCUCUGCGUAAGGUGGGCCAGGACUCUACAGUACUUCUCAUCUGCAUCACUGUGUUCCUGUCUUAUCUCCCCGAGGCAGGACAGUACUCCAGCUUCUUCCUCUAUCUCAGACAGGUAAUAAGGUUCAGGUCAGAGACGGUCGCAGCCUUCAUUGCUGUGGUGGGCAUCCUAUCCAUCGUGGCUCAGACGCUAGUUCUGGGCAUCCUGAUGCGCUCCAUAGGGAAUAAAAACACCAUCCUCCUGGGUUUGGGCUUCCAGAUACUGCAGCUGGCCUGGUAUGGCUUUGGAUCACAACCAUGGAUGAUGUGGGCAGCAGGAGCUGUAGCGGCCAUGUCUAGCAUUACCUUCCCAGCUAUCAGCGCCAUCGUGUCCCGCAAUGCAGAUCCAGACCAGCAGGGUGUGGUCCAGGGGAUGAUAACUGGUAUCCGUGGUUUAUGUAACGGUCUCGGACCCGCCUUUUAUGGGUUCAUCUUCUAUCUGUUCCACGUGGAGCUGACUGAUCUGGACACUGUGGACAGCUCUGGGAAAGAAUCCAAACUAAACAUGGCCAACCCUACAGACGAGAGCUCCAUCAUCCCCGGCCCUCCAUUCCUGUUUGGUGCGUGUUCGGUGUUGCUGUCCUUGCUAGUAGCCCUGUUCAUCCCAGAGCACAGUGGCCCCGGUGUCCGACCUGGGGGCUACAAGAAGUACAGCAAUGGAGCCCAGGGCCACUCACACAGCCCUCCCAGUAGCGGAGCAGAAGGCAAGGAGCCCCUACUGGACGAUAGCUGUGUAUAACACCAGUCAGGGGGCACUCUUACCACAUUUGCCCCCCCCCCCCCUCCCCGCCCUGCCCACUCUGUAUCAAGACAACGAACCGCCACAUAUUCAUCACACCCUCACACACAAGCCUAUCCAGAUAAGUGGCCUUGAAGGUGUGUGUGUGUUGGGAGCACCUCGUGGGAUGUCCUCGGGUGACUGAACGUGUCAGUGUAGUGUGAAGUCCUUGAAGGUCCUGAGAGAGAGGGAAGCGGUGACCAGGGCUGUGAAGGAGGAUGUUACAUGCUGCCAGAGGUCCCAGCAGCGCAGCAGUCCACCCCACAGUCCAGCAGGGCGGCGCCACCAGGCCCACCUCAGCUCUGCUUUAAAGUGCCCUAUACAGGGAAUAGGGAGCCUCGUCACCUCACCAGAGAACAGGGUGCCAUUUGGGACGCGGGCCGAUUACUCCAUUUCCUUUGUCGCCAAGCGGCUUCCUGUGUGACCACAGCAGCAGUGUUCUUUGUCCAAAGAGUAAGUCACCAACGGUAACAGUAACCACCAGCACUACACGAUAACUAACGUCUGGUGUGUCUGAUUGUCUCAGUACAUAACAAGGAAGAGCAGGCCUUCCUCUGGAGAGGCGUGAGAAGCUUUUUGGAGGCGUCUCAACUGGCUUCCUGUUCUUUUUAUAGUGCAUUAUUUUUUUUUUAUCAUACAUAGUUCACUAUAAAGUGAAUAGGCUGCCAUUUGGGACGCUCUACUGAAGAAUGUGUGGAGCCUGUUUUGAGCCGUCUCAGAGAUGCAUAGAGUACCAACAUAAUCCUAUAUGGUUUUAUACAGGGAUUUACAGUCAGACUACUUGAAUGAAACAUUUGGUAGACCAAACUAUAAUCCCACUAGACCAUGACAGAGUCCACUGCUCUACUAAAAAUGAGUUUUUCAGUGUUUACCUAUCUCUCAUCUCUGCCAUUUAGACAGUCAGUCAAGCAUAGUCUGUUUUCUUCUGUUUAUUUCCCCUUAAGUGUAGUUGUGCUUCAAGUUUCUUAUUGUUCCCUUUAAGUGUCUUUGUCUUCAUAUUAAUACUGUGUAUAUUACAAAAACCUUUAUGAAGACUGUUGUCGGAUGUGGGUCUGUAAUUGUUGCUAUUGCUCCUAUUGGAGCUUUUUUUCAUGGUAUUUUCUUGUUGUUCCUGACCUCGCCACACACAGCCCUCUGCCAUGUGAACCUAGGCACAAUUAUAGUUAACCAACUGUCAGGACUGGAGUUCCCAUAGAUUACUUCUUGGUCUGUACUCGCGUCUUGAAGUAGGACUGCUCGUUUAAGAUCCCUUUUUCCAGAUAGAUCAUCACUUCUCCUGUUGAAGCUUAAUGAAUAUGUGCCCUUAUCUGUGAAGUUGGUAUCAAUGUCAGCACUGUUAUUCUUUGGAAUAAUAUCAUUAGGUUCUGUAAGAUAACAUUUCACUUAUUGUACUCCUGAGGUAGCACAGUAAAGCUUAAAUGUUAUGUGGUAUUUUGGAUUUAAACUGUAAAACAAGUUAAAGGAAAUCUUUAGCCGUGUCCAUACUCUGCUGUUGUACUUUUGAAACACUUAUUUUUUGGUAAAUGAGCCUCAAGUGCAUUGAAAUAACCAAAUCAGAAAUUGAAAUAUGCUAGUUUGUGUCAAGACAUUUUAUCAGAGUUUUGAUUUUACUGGGUUCUUUUUAUUUCCUUUUUGUGCCAUAAUCUUUUGUUGCUUUGUUAAUUUGACUUUAACUGUGGUUUUACUAUUGUUUUUUUGUGAGCUUCAAGUCUUAAUAGCUUUUAACACUGAACAUCUUAUUUUGUUAUUUUGAAUGUUCUGCUUUGCAUUUAAAGACAAAUGUCUCAUCGGUCAGUUUUGAUGUAAUAACAAGCUGUUAAUUUAUUUUCUUUGACGUUUAUCGAUAGCAUCGUGGAUGUUUCAGCCGGGUUCACAGUGAGGCCAUUAACUUAGUUUCCCAUUCUGUGUGUCAGUCCCAUGCGGAGCCCUAUUACAGUGAUACGUUUGAGAAUAGGGUGCCAUUUAGGACUUUGGGAAAAUUUAGAUCAGAGUCUAUAUUUAUAUAUGUAUUUCAGUGCUCAGAUUAUAUCGGACCAACGCAUUGGACCAACAACACAGCAAACCCAACAAACUGAGAUGUUGCAUUAGUUGAUGUGAUUCUCCACCAGCCUCGACACACAACACGGCCACAGGUCUAUUACACAGCUGUUUCAGUAAAUGUACUUACAAUACGUGUGUGUAUGUUAACCUGAAUGACAUGGGAUGCCAUAGGUCUGAUUUGCUACUGUAGGAUGGUGCAGCUAGAAGAAGAAAUUCAGACCUACCCUGGCUUUUUCAGGCCUCUCCUGUUUUCAGUCCCUUGUGGUUCGUGGCUUGAACAGAGCCUUGUCUGUGCCUACUAUUAGCCAAGAAAUGAGCAACCACAAGGCCAGCACGAGUGGAAGGGUUGGACAAUAUAAUGUAAAUAUUGGACGCUAAUGUCAAACUAUUUAUUAAAGGGUUAUUGUACAUUGA